UGCUAUGAUCUCUGUUGGAUACAUAAAGUGAUAGAGGCCCAGAGACACGAGAGGCUGUAAUGAGGAAGUGAAGUAAAUGACAAAGAAGAACCUAUUUAAAAGCAAAAUCAAACUCAGAUCAAAGAGUUGAAGAAUGUACAUAAAAACACACAUAUAUCGUUCUGCCUCAUGGUCAUGACCGUCCAAGGAAUGGUAAUCACAUGAGAGCACUUAUUGGUACAGGUGUCAUUUGGCUUAUCAGAGAAAUUCUGUCUAAGAAAAGAUGUCUUGAUGGAUUCCCUUUACUUUGAUUCAUACCAAAGCUGUCCCUCUCAACCAAAGCAAGAAAGGAUCCUGCAUGAAUCAGUCCCAGAAUGCCAUUUUUACAUCACCAAGAGGUGAAGAAAACCUCAUGAACAGCAAUCACAGAGACUCGGAGAGCAUCACUGAUGUCUGCUCCGAUGGGGACCUCCCUGAAGUUGAACUGGUGAACCUGCUGGAGGAGCAGCUGCCCCAGUACAAGCUGCGGGUGGACUCACUCCUUCUGUACGAGAAUCAGGACUGGGCACAGUCGCCACUCCAGCCACAGCAUGCAUCUGAUACCCUCUCCCCAGUCCUUGCCGAAGAGACUUUCCGAUACAUGAUUCUAGGCACAGACAGGGUCGAGCAGAUGACCAAAACGUACAAUGACAUCGACAUGGUUACACAUCUCCUGGCAGAGAGAGAUCGUGACCUAGAGCUAGCUGCUCGAAUUGGACAAGCUCUGUUAAAGCGAAAUCAUGUCUUAUCUGAGCAGAAUGAAUCCCUGGAGGAACAGUUGGGGCAAGCCUUUGAUCAAGUUAAUCAGCUGCAGCAUGAGCUGUCCAAGAAAGAUGAGUUACUUCGAAUUGUUUCUAUUGCUUCAGAAGAGAGUGAAACUGAUUCCAGCUGUUCUACACCUCUUCGGUUCAAUGAAUCCUUUAGUUUAUCUCAGGGUUUACUGCAGUUGGAUAUGCUUCAAGAAAAGCUCAAGGAACUGGAAGAAGAGAAUAUGGCCCUUCGGUCCAAAGUACAUUCAGCUUGUCAUAUCAAGACAGAAACUUUUACCUAUGAAGAGAAGGAACAGCAGCUUGUCAGUGACUGUGUUAAAGAACUCCGUGAAACAAAUGCUCAGAUGUCCAGAAUGACUGAAGAAUUGUCAGGGAAGAGUGAUGAACUAAUUCGAUACCAAGAAGAGAUUUCCUCUCUUUUAUCUCAGAUCGUAGAUCUUCAGCACAAAGUUAAAGAACACGUAAUUGAGAAGGAAGAGCUAAGACUGCACCUGCAAGCUUCUAAAGAUGCCCAGCGGCAGCUGACAAUGGAGCUGCAUGAGUUACAAGACAGGAACAUGGAGUGUCUGGGGAUGUUACACGAAUCCCAAGAAGAAAUAAAGGAGCUUCGUAGUAGAUCUGGCCCUGCUGCUCCUCUGUACUUCUUCCAGUCCUGUGGACCUUUUACUGGGGAAUCUUUGGCAGCUGAGAUUGAGGGAACAAUGCGUAAAAAGUUGAGUUUGGAUGAGGAAUCUUCUCUCUUUAAACAAAAAGCCCAACAGAAACGGGUAUUUGAUACUGUCAAGGCUGCCAAUGACACCUGGGGCCGUUCUGUCCCACUUCCAGCUCUGCUACCCAUCCCGGGGUCCAACCACUCGAGUGUCAUCAUGACAACCAAACCUUUUGAAUCUGGUGCCCAACAGACAGAGGACAGAACACUGCUGGGCCAGGGGACUAACUCCAAGGAGGUUCCAGACAGCUCUCAGCCCACAGGCCAGCCAGGACUCCCUGGAGACAGAGAUUUGGCUGUAGCACUGCAUCGUCUCAGUCUGCGUCGGCAGAACUACUUCAGUGAGAAGCAGUUCUUUGCUGAAGAGUGGGAGCGCAAGAUGCAAGUUCUGGCCGACCAGAAAGAAGGGGUUGGUGGUUGUGACAGCCCCCCGGAGAGCCUUGCUGCCCUGUCCACCGACCAGUCGGAGAUCACAGAGCUUGGCAGUGCCAGUUGCCUUCGAGGAUUUAUGCCAGAAAAAUUACAAAUUGUCAAGCCCCUUGAAGGAUCACAAACUCUACACCACUGGCAGCAGCUUGCUCAACCAAAUUUGGGGACCAUUCUUGACACACGACCAGGUGUCAUUACUAAAGGCUUUACCCAGUUGCCCAGCGAUGCUACCAUCUAUCACAUCUCAGAUUUAGAGGAGGAUGAAGAGGAGGGAAUCACUUUUCAGGUGCAGGAGCCUCUUCAGGUGGAGCAGAAGCUUGAGGUAUCCAAGCCAGUAGCAGGGAUCUUCCUGCCACCCAUCAGUUCAGCAGAUGGACCUGUUACAGCUGCAACCUCCAACCCAGGAAAGUGCCUGUCAUGCACGAACUCGACAUUCACCUUCACCACUUGUAGGAUAUUGCAUCCCUCUGAUAUCACUCAGGUUACCCAUAGCUCUGGGCUCCCUCUGCUGUCGUGUGGAAGCAGCGGGAGCGCCUCGCCCAGCACAGCUGUGAACUCUCCAGCUGCAUCCUACCGGCUCAGCGUUGGCGAGUCCAUCAGCAACCGACGAGACUCCACGACAACCUUCAGUGGCACCGUGAGCCUGGCCAAACUCCUUCAAGAGCGGGGUAUCUCUGCUAAAGUGUACCACAGCCCGGUUUCUGAGAAGCCGCUUCUCCAGCUGCUCCCCAAAACCCUAGCCACACCUUCCACACCACCAAAUUCCCCAUCUCACUCACCAUGCCCCUCUCCUGUGCCCUUUGAGUCCCGAGUGCAUCUCUCUGAAAACUUUUUGGCUUCUCGGCCAACUGAGACGUUCCUCCAGGAGAUGUAUGGCUUGAGACCUUCACGGAACCCUCCUGACGUGGGGCAGCUAAAGAUGAACCUGGUGGACAGGCUGAAGAGGCUAGGCAUAGCCAGAGUGGUCAAGGCCCCCGAGGCACGGGAGAAUGGGGAGAGCCGAGAGGCAGAAGUUGGUCUUCAGAAAGGAGACUCUGCUGUGUAUUUAAAUUCAGGUAGCAGCUUACUGGGUGGGCUGAGGAGGAAUCGGAGUCUUCCAGUCAUGAUGGGGAGCUUUGGUGUCCUGGUAUGCACCUCCUCACCCAGAAUGGGCGUCCUGAAGAAGGACUAAGGCUCCAUGUGAACUGGCCUCUUCUACAGGGGGGCACACAAAGGGCAAAUGAGCACUGACCCUGUAGUGUGGUCUGACUGGAGGGAAAGGGAAUGUUGCAGAAGGCUGUGGAUGUGGAGAGAGGGGUUGGGAGGGUUGGGAACAAAGCUGGGAUGCGGUCCUCAGCGAUGGAGUUUGGUAACUGAAAGUGUAAAUGGAUGGGCCCAGAGUGUCUGGAGACAAGAAAACAAAAGGUUCAGUGCCCUCCUUCAGUGGAGCUUUCUUGUCUUGAAAAUCAAAACUGAGUAGAGAAUAAAUUCAAUAAUAUUGAAGCCUAUGAGAAGUACCUUCCCUCAGUGAGCUGAACAGGAGGCUUGCCCAGGACAGGAAGAGACAGAGCAGCUGGGACUGCUGCUAGUGGAAGCUACUCUGUAGACAGGCGUGGCAGGCUGGGUCUGUCACUGUGGCAGGUGGCGGUGAGACCUCCUGUUCCCCUGCUGGUGUCCAGUGAAACUGCAUGAACAUCUGAUGUGUAUGCACAGCACUAGCAAGACAAGGGAUUUUAUGUAUUUCAUUAGGUCGAAGUACAGACUUCUCCUUUCUGUUUUCAGAUCUUUAAGCCACUGGGAACCCAAACACCAUCUAAAUUUCUUUGUAUUUAUGAUUACUAAAAGUUCAUUUUUACAAUUUAUAUUUUUAUACAACAUCAAAAACUAAACCAUGGAUAAGGGUUAGGAGAGAUUUACUUUAAGAAGGAAAAUAAGAGUUAUUUAGAACCAAGGAACCUUCUUUUUAUAAUAUUCCGGGUAAUACGGUGCCCAAGGAAUACAACCAUAACUUCCUUCAGAUCUUCUUAGAGGCUGGAAGGGUUAAACCAGAAGUGCAAUCUAUAGGAAUUAGAUUAUGUUGUAUAUUUAUAUAUUUAAUUUUUUGUAAGAAGAGUUGAUUGCAACUUUUUCCAAAGUGCACUAUGCAUAUUUUUAAUGAAGAUGACAUGUAUUUGCACAGUAAUUCUCAGGCACAUUAAAUUAUUAUAAACUGAAGUAAAACCCAGGUGCUUGCUUUGAGAGUGUGUGGUUUUUCAUUUUUUUCCUAAUGUAUAUUAAAACACAUCUGCCUCAUUCUUGGGUAUCUGUGGAAUUAGAGAAUGAACUUUUCAAUGGGAGAGUUAAAACUUCUUUGAGGUUCUUUUCUUACUAACUGAAAUGACAAAGCAAGGCUGCAGAUGAGGGUCAGCAUUCAGCCAUGUGGCACAGAGCUCUUCUGGGAGGAAGCUGCUGGGCAGGGUCUGCUCGUGGAGGGUGACCUAGCUCUGUCAGGCCCUUCUGUCAGGAGAGGAUGUGGUAGGGAAGUGAGGGAGGUGACAUGUUCUUUUGUUGAUAAAAACAGAUGUAUCUCUUGGUGUUUUUGGUGCUUAAUUUGCAAGUAUUUUGCUCCUUUAAUCUGACUUAGCUGAAAGGCAGUUUCUGAAGAAUUCUUGACACCUACUGUGUUCCCCCACUCACCUAAACCCAGGCACAUGGGAGCCCUUCCUCUCUUGUCCUGUGCUACAUCCCCCGCCUGAAGAGCCUGUGCUCCCAGUGGUAGGAAAGCCAACAUGCACGCAGUGGUGAGAAUGUGUGAGUUGUCCUGCUUUUUAGAAUCUUUUCAUAACACUUCAAAAUAGGUGAUGGAGAGAGCUAUCUCCUCCCUUUCUCCUUCACCCAGUCUUAAAUUUGUGCACACGUUUAGAAGGGAUCCCAGGUCAGUAUGUGUUCCUGAAUGGGCCAGGCACUAAAACACGAGAGAGCUGAGUGGCACAGUGCCUGCCUGACAAGCACAAGGUCCUGAGUUAGAUUCCCAGUACAAAAAACAAAACAAAAAAUAAAGUAAAAUUUCUAAAUCUCCCAGUUCAUUUUUUUAAAAGACAACAUUUGAACUUCUACUCUAUAAAGUAACUUGGGUGCUUCCUUUAGCCAACUCUUAAAGCUGUUUGUUCUCUAAGAAAGACAUCUUCCUGUUGCCUGGGCAUUUACAGCUUCUAAGAAUAUCAGAAGUAGGAAAAUGUGGGACCAGGAAAUAGUACAGUGUUAAAUUAUCAGAUUUAUAUAUUAUGUAAAUGACUAGAAAUUAAGCUAGAUUUUUGUAGUGUUCUGUGUUAAGUAUAAUAUAUAUACUUUUCUAUAAUCGAUGGCCAGAUGAUCAAUGGAGGCAGAAUGGGUGUUUCAGCAGCCAAAUAAGCAUAUCUGACUAAACAAAACCGACUUAGGUUCUGAAAGUAGACUGAUACAGAUGUUCUGUCAGAACCAAAAAUUGUAGACUCGCGCAUGCUUGUCUGUAGAAAUGAAUCCUGUCUUAAAACUGGGUUUUGCUGCUUUUGCAGUUUCUACCUAAAAUCAUUUUGGUACAGCCUGAGAACCUAUUACAUCAGAAUUGUCUGCAACAUGUGAUAAGAAGAGCUGGAGCCUUAUAGCAGCUCCUCAGCUUACCUAUGUCAUAUUUUCAUUUCUUCUGUAGAGUCAGUGGUACUUUCUUGCCAGUAUGGGAAAUCCCAAUCCGUUUUUUGUUUUUGUUUUUUUAGUUCCUUCUUCAGCAGUUUUAAGUGAUUAUACCUGUUAUUUUUGAGUAUCCUAUUAUCUGUAGGAGAGAUAACCUUUGUAAGCUCAGAAUUUAAAGUUCUGAAUUAUGAAGACCCAAAUCUAUGUAACCAGCCUUAGCUGUGGAUCUUUGGGGAGAAGUUAAUGACCAUUGUUAAAGUCGGUUUUUUUUUUAAAAAAAGUUUUAUGUUGUCCUUGAUUUGACACAAAUCAUCAGACUUCGGCAAGGGAGGAAGUAAGUUAGAGGCAAUUUAUGGCAGCCUGUGCUCUAUAAAAGACAUGUUUGAUGCAGUAUUCAAAUCUUGUUAUUUUUUCUGAUUAUCCUAGUACAUGUUAAUGCUGGGUGGGCCUCCCAUCACCUGACUUGUGGAACCAGGGCCCUUCGUGUUGUUCUCUGUCCCGGGUGCGUGGGGCCCUGCAGCCCUGAUCACCCUGGGCGCAGCCCCAGGGCUGGUCGCAGCACCUUCUGCCAGGGCAGCCGGGAGCUGCCAGUGUGUAAAGUGUGGGACCUGCCUCAGUUUCUGUGCCCCUCCCUGUGUUUUGUCAGAUGUAGAUCAAAUAAUAAACAUGAGUAACUUCUUAAAUUUU